AUGGCAGACUUCGACCUCUCUGCCAACUUCAUUCCUUCCCUCCACAAACCCGCUUCCUUACUGCCCAUUGCCAAACACAGGCAAAAUCUCCUCUACCUCAUCGAGACGUAUCCCGUUACCAUCGUAGUUGGUCAAACCGGAUCGGGAAAAACAACUCAGAUACCACAAUACCUUGAACAGGCAGGAUGGUGCUCAGACGGAAAAAUCAUUGCUGUCACUCAGCCUCGUCGAGUAGCAGCAACUAUUGUGGCUAUUCGAGUCGCCGAAGAAGUGGGUUGCGAAGUCGGUAAAGAAGUCGGAUAUUCAAUCCGAUUCGAAGACGUUACUUCUUCCGCAACCCGCAUCAAAUUCCUCACCGAUGGACUACUACUCAGAGAAGCUCUAGUAGAUCCCCUCUUAUCACGUUACUCCGUGAUUAUGGUCGAUGAAGCCCAUGAGAGAUCACUGAGUACGGAUGUCCUCUUGGGUGUCCUGAAAAAGAUCCUCAAGCGGAGACCAAAUGAUCUUCGAAUCAUUAUCAGCAGUGCUACUUUGCAAGCUGAAGACUUCCUUCGAUUCUUCAUGAACGAUGAGGAUCUUCAGCCAAAGUCGUCCAAGCCGAAGGAGGUCAGCUUAGAUGAGCUCAUCUCGGAGAGUAGUUCUGGACCUCAAGAUGACGCUUUUGGAGGCAAGACUGGACGGAUCAUCAGUCUCGAAGGAAGAAUGUAUCCCGUCGACGUCCUCUAUCUAGAGACUCCAGCAGAAGAUUACGUUGAAAAAGCUGUACAAACAGUAUUCGAUAUCCAUACCAAAGAGCCCGAUGGAGACAUUCUCGUCUUUCUCACAGGCCGAGAAGAGAUUGAUACAGCAGUCCAAGCCAUCUCAGAGCGAGCAGCCACCCUACAUCCACGUGCCCAAACAGUAAUGCCUCUUCCUCUCUACGCCGGCCUCUCAACAGAACAGCAAAUGUACGUAUUUGAAGAAGCACCCGAGAACACCAGGAAAGUCAUCUUCUCAACCAACAUCGCCGAAGCCUCCAUCACCAUCGACGGAAUCCUCUACGUUAUCGACUGUGGUUUCGUCAAACUCCGCGCCUACAACCCCUUGACGGGAAUCGAAACCCUAACCGCAACACCCAUCUCCAAAGCCUCCGCCACCCAACGCGCAGGACGAGCCGGCCGAACCAAACCCGGCAAAUGCUACCGCCUCUACACGGAACCAAGCUACCACUCCCUCCCCACGACCACCGUCCCAGAGAUCCAACGCUCGAACCUCGCCCCCGUGAUCCUGCAACUCAAAGCCCUGGGCAUCGACAACAUAGCCCGCUUCCCCUUCCUCACCUCCCCGCCCUCCGCCCUGCUCAUCCGCGCCCUCGAACUCCUCUUCUCCCUCGGCGCCCUCGACACCUACGCCAAGCUGACCACCCCCCUCGGGACCCGCAUGGCCGAGCUAGCCGUCGAACCCAUGAUGGCCAAAUGUCUCCUCUCCGCCCCCUCCUUCGCCUGCCUCCCCGAGAUCCUCACCAUCGCCGCCAUGACCUCGCUCGGCGGCAACAUAUUCAUCCACCACCACGACGGCGAGAAGAAGAAGAUGGAAACCGCGCGCCGGAAAUUCGCCGCGGAAGAAGGGGACCAUAUCACGCUCCUAAACGUCUAUCAAGCAUUCAUCACCAGAGGCCGAAAAGAGCCCAAGUUCUGCCACGAGAAUUCCCUCAAUUUCAAAGCGUUGAGUAGAGCGGUUAGUAUCCGCGCCCAACUCAAACGCUACCUCGAACGCUUCGGCAUCGUCGUCGCGGAAACGCUGUCCUCUUCUUCAAACCCUAACCAUCAGCCUCUCCCCCUUACCGUAGGAGGGAGAGAUAAGGGGGAACAGAUCCGACGCUGCUUAACGACGGGAUUCUUCGCCCAUGCGGCGAAGAUGCAGCCUGAUGGGACGUUCCGGAAUGUAGCGGGCGGAACGGUACUAUAUGCGCAUCCGACGAGCUUGAUGUUUAAUCGCAAGGCGGAUUGGGUGGUUUUUCAUGAGGUGGUGGAGACGGGGAAUAAGACUUUUAUUAGGGAUGUGACGAGGAUUGAGAAGGGGUGGUUGGUGGAGUAUGCGCCGGAGUUUUAUAAGAUUAGGUAG